GCUUCGUUCUCCAACAUGCCAAAUCUCCCCUCACCCUCAUUCUCUCUGCAGGUUUUAUUUGUGGCUCUUUGUUUCUGCGCCUGCUCGCACGCCGGCAGCAGCAGAAGCGGCAAUGAUUUUUUCGGAGCCGAGUGUUUGGCUGUGCCGGCGGCCGAGUUUGCUGGCUCUCUAAGGACCACCAUCGAUGCUGUAAGAAAAGUGACACCCAUCGUCUCUCGGUUUGGCAACCUUUUUGGUGAUUUUCGACUUUCUAAUGCCAUUUCUGAUUGCCUUGAUCUCCUGGAUUUUUCUGCUGAUCAACUUAGCUGGUCCCUGUCUGCUUCCCAGAAUCCAACAGGUAAUAAACAUAACAGCACUGGUGACGUGUCUUCUGAUUUAAGGACAUGGUUAAGUGCUGCAAUGGCGAAUCAGCAAACAUGCAUGGAAGGGUUCGACGGUACAAACGGCAUCGCCAAAACGGUAGUCUCCGUGAGUCUGAACCAAGUCACUUCACUGGUCAGUAACCUUCUCACCAUGGUGCACCCAGGUCCCAGUUCCAAGUCCAACGAAGCCGCCGUCUCCGCCACUAACCGUGGCCGGGGAAGUGCAAGGAACACCCGGUUUCCGACGUGGUACAAGAGGGAAGACCGGAGAUUGUUGCAAGCAAAUGGGGUAACGGCUGAUGUCGUGGUUGCAGCAGACGGGACCGGGAACUUCACGACUAUAAUGGACGCUGUGAUGGCGGCUCCAGAUUACAGUAUGAACAGAUUUGUUAUUUACGUUAAAAAGGGUAUGUAUAAAGAGAAUGUGGAAAUCAAGAAAAAGAAAUGGAACCUUGUGAUGAUCGGUGAUGGAAUGGACGUGACAGUCGUAUCGGGGAACCGAAGCUUCAUUGAUGGUUGGACCACGUUUCGAUCUGCAACAUUUGCUGUAAGUGGAAGAGGAUUCUUAGCAAGGGACAUAACAUUUGAGAACACGGCAGGACCCGAGAAACACCAAGCGGUAGCACUUCGAUCCGAUUCCGACCUCUCGGUUUUCUUCCGAUGUGCCAUUAGGGGCUACCAAGACUCCCUCUACACUCACACGAUGCGUCAAUUCUUCCGUGAUUGCAAGAUCACCGGAACCGUGGAUUUCAUAUUCGGCGACGCGGUUGUUGUGUUCCAAAACUGCCAAAUCCUAGCCAAGCAAGGCCUACCGAAUCAGAAAAACACGAUCACCGCGCAAGGUCGGAAAGAUCCGAACCAGCCGACGGGGUUCUCGAUCCAAUUCUGCAACAUCACAGCCGAUACGGAUCUGUUACCUAAUGUUAACUCGACUGCUACAUACCUUGGGAGGCCCUGGAAACUGUAUUCAAGAACCGUUAUCAUGAAAUCACACAUCGGUAGUUCUAUAAGGCCACAAGGGUGGCUUGAAUGGAACCAAGAUUUUGCUUUGGACACAUUGUAUUAUGCCGAGUUCAUGAAUUUCGGCCCCGGUGCCGAUCUCCGGAGCAGGGUUCAAUGGCCCGGCUACCAUGCUUUGAAUAACUCGGCUCAAGCCGGGAAUUUUACUGUGGCUCAGUUCAUUGAAGGGGACUUGUGGUUGCCGUCGACUGGGGUUACAUAUACUGCAGGAUUAGUGGUAUAAUUUAGCAGUCAAUGGACCAUCAUUUAAUUUGGUUGUAGUAUAACA